AUGUCUGGAUCUACGCAGCCCGUGACGCAGAGCUGGCGUGCCACCGAGCCGCGCUACCCCCCGCACGCCAUGUCCUAUCCGGUUCAGAUUACUCGACCACAUGCGGACGUCGCGCUGUUGGAGUACCAGCAUCAUUCCAGGGAUUUCGCUUCCCACCUCCCGCCGGGGUCGAUCAUGCAGCCGCAGCGCCGGAGGCCGUCCCUGCUCUCCGAGUUCCAGCCGGGCAACGAAAGAUCUCAGGAGUUGCACCUGAGGACCGAGGCGCAUUCCUAUCUCUCUGACCUGACCAAGCCGUCGGACUUGGAGUUCAUCGAAACCAAGAGACCGCGCCUGGAUCUGCUGCAGGACCCCCUGAUGCGGCACUCGCCUCUCCUGAACCAGAGCCAGCAGGGAGGGACAGAGGAUCUCUCGAAGGAUCGUGGCCUGCCUGGCAAACUGGAGCCAGUGUCGCCCGUGAGCCCUGCGCACCCCGAUGCCGAGCUGGACCUGCUGCCGGCCCGGCUGUCGAAGGAGGAGCUCAUUCAGAACAUGGACCGCGUGGACCGCGAGAUCACCAUGGUGGAGCAGCAGAUCUCCAAGCUGAAGAAGAAGCAGCAACAGUUGGAGGAAGAAGCAGCCAAACCACCAGAGCCUGAGAAACCCAUCUCCCCCCCUCCUAUCGAGUCCAAACAUCGCAGCUUGGUGCAGAUCAUCUACGACGAGAACAGGAAGAAGGCCGAGGCUGCCCACCGGAUCCUGGAAGGACUGGGUCCACAGGUGGAGCUGGUGAGUGCCACCUCUCGCUGCGGGGAGCGCAAGCCGGAUCAAAAUGUAAUUAUAAUCAAGAAGCAGCCUGACCCGUUGGUGAAGGCAGAGCUGAAGGUCUGGCCGCGUCCGGGGCUGAGCACACGGCAAAGAAACCAGGCAAUGCGGAAAAAGUUAAUUUUGUACUUUAAGAGGAGAAACCAUGCUCGCAAACAGUGGGAACAGAAGUUUUGCCAGCGUUACGACCAGCUGAUGGAAGCCUGGGAAAAAAAAGUGGAGCGCAUCGAAAAUAACCCCCGGCGCCGUGCCAAAGAGAGCAAAGUGCGGGAAUACUAUGAGAAGCAAUUCCCGGAGAUCAGAAAGCAGCGGGAACUGCAAGAGCGCAUGCAGAGCAGGGUAGGACAGAGGGGCAGCGGCGGGCUCUCCAUGUCGGCCGCACGCAGCGAGCACGAGGUGUCGGAAAUCAUCGACGGGCUCUCAGAACAAGAGAACCUGGAGAAGCAGAUGCGCCAGCUCGCCGUCAUCCCGCCCAUGCUCUACGACGCUGACCAGCAGCGCAUUAAAUUCAUCAACAUGAACGGCCUCAUGGAUGACCCCAUGAAGGUCUACAAGGACCGGCAGGUGAUGAACAUGUGGAGUGAGCAGGAGAAGGAGACCUUCCGGGAAAAGACGGUGGCGGACUGCGUCCUGUAUUACUACCUGACCAAGAAGAAUGAGAAUUACAAGAACCUCGUGAGAAGGAAUUACCGGCGGCGCGGGAAGAGCCAGCAGCAAAUGCCCCGGAGCAGCCAAGAAGAGAAAGAUGAAAAAGAGAAAGAAAAGGAGAAGGAGGGAGAGAAGGAGGAAGACAAGCAGGAAACAGAGAACGACAAAGACGAACUGACCAAGGCAGCGAUGAGGUUUCGCUCUCCCACGAGUUACCCAGCGCGGUUCGCCCGGAUGAAGGGGAGGCGUUUUCGAGCCGGGGUUGUCCUGGCUGAGCAGAAUACAGCCCCGGGACAGCGAGACGCCAAAGUCGCGGCACUAGAGCUGAGCUGGCUGGGGGUCCUGACUCCGCACCCACACCUCGCGUGGCGGCACGGUCUCCUUGAGCAUGGGCGGAACUGGUCAGCCAUUGCCAGGAUGGUGGGCUCCAAGACCGUGUCGCAGUGCAAAAACUUCUACUUCAACUACAAGAAGAGGCAGAACCUGGACGAGAUCCUACAGCAGCACAAACUGAAAAUGGAGAAAGAACGGAACGCCAAGAGGAAGAAGAAAAAAGGCACCGCCGUUCAAAACGAAGAAGCCGCCUUCCCUCCCGUGGCCGAGGACGAGGAGAUGGAGGUGUCGGGGACGAGCGGCAACGAGGAGGAGAUGGCUGAGGAGGCGGAAGCUGCAGUAAAUAACAGCUCCGACACCGAGAGCAUUCCCUCGCCAAGGCCCGAAGCCAAAGAAGGAGGCGAAAACGUGGCCAAGGCACCACCCGGGCCGGGAGGUGACUCCGGCGCAGAACCGGCAGUCAAGUUGGAAGAGGCUCCAACACCCCCCGACGACGUGGUGAAAACGGAGGAGCCGGAGGAGAAGGUGAGCGAGGAGCCCUGCAAGAGCGAGGUGAAGAAGGAGGAGAGCGAAGACAGCCAGGAGAAGGAGAAGGGGAAUGACAAGAAGGCGGAAAGCGGCGUCAGCGGCGCAGGGACAGCGGGGAUGGAGGGGACGCCCAAGGCCGAGAAGAAGGAGAGCCAUAAAGGCAGUAAAGGCGCCGGGGUGAACCCCGACAGCGACUCCAGCGCAACCUGCAGUGCAGACGAGAUGGAUGAGCAGGAUGCCGUGGACAAGAGCAGGUUGCUGUCCCCCCGGCCCAGCUUGCUCAACACCGCCAGCGACGCCAGGCUGAACUCCUCGCCGCAGAAGCCGCUGGACCUGAAACAGCUGAAGCAGCGUGCUGCUGCCAUCCCUCCCAUCAUUUCCGAAGGUUUCUCGGAGGGGAUGUUGCAGAGUGGAAGCGUGAAGCCUCAGGUGCCUCCCCAUGCCUUGGCCCUCUACCAGCAGCAGAUCACGAAAGCCCACGAGUCGGCCCGCGAGGACGUGCCCCCGAGCAAGCUGUCGCAGUCCCAGCAGCAGGCUGAGAAGGAGCAGCAGCAGCCAAGCAGCAGUCCCAGGGGAAAGAGCCGGAGCCCUGCUGUCGGCGACAAGGAAGAAAAGUCCGUGCAUUUCUCAUCCAUCACAGAGGCUCAGAAGCUGAGGGCGGAGCCGACAGCCGCCUCGUGCUGGCCCCCUGUCCUGUCCUACUCCCGGGAUGUGAUCAAAACCUCGCCCCAGGCGGAGCCCCACUUGUUCCAGUAUAACCCACCAGGACACCCCAUCCCGCUAAACCUGCAUGAGAGCUCUCGCUCGGGGCUGCAGAGGCUAGCGAGCAUCUCCAACCCUCCUCCCCUCAUCUCCUCCACCAAGCACCCCUCGGUGCUGGAGAGACCCGUCGGAUCCAUUUCCCCAGGCAUGCCCCUCCAGCUCCACACACCCUACAGCUCCGAGCACGCCAAGGUCCCCGUCGGCUCCAUCACCAUGGGCCUGCCGCUGACCAUGGAUCCCAAGAAACUGGUGCCUUUUCCUGGAGUAAAGCAGGAACAACUUUCUCCUAGAAGCCAGGCCAGCCAGCCGGAAAGUCUGGUUCUGCAGCCGUCCCAGGAGGGCUCCCUCCUGCGGGGUACUUCCCUCAGCUCUGCCUCGGGAGGGAGCAUCACCAAGGGAACGCCCACAUCCAGACCCCCUCCGGAGUCACCCAUCACCUACCGAGGGUCCAUCACACACGGCACCCCGGCAGAAGUGCUGUACAAAGGAACCAUUACCAGGAUAAUCGGAGAAGACAGCCCUAGCAGAGCAGAGAAGGCGAGAGAGGAUGCCAUGCCCAAAGGACAUGUCAUCUACGAAGGGAAGAAAGGCCACGUGCUCUCCUACGAGGGUAAGUCCACAUGUCCCAAAGAAGACAGCAGGAGCUCGGGAGCUUCGCAUGAGACCACGGGAACCAAGCGGACCUACGAUAUGAUGGAGGGGAGGAUCAGCCGGGGCUUAUCAGCCCGCGAUACCUUAUCUGCCAGCAUUGAAGGUCUCAUGGGUCGAGCGAUCCCGACCGACCGACACAGUCCCCAUAACCUAAAGGAGCAGCAUCACAUGCGGGGCUCAAUUACACAAGGAAUACCUCGGUCCUAUGUGGAGGCCCAUGAGGACUACCUCAGAAGAGAAGCCAAGCAGCUCAAGAGGGAAAACACUCCACCGAGGGACUUAUCUGAUGCCUACAAGGUCAGGUCUCACGAGGGCCUUACUCCCCUGAAAAUGAAACCAGCCCACGAAGGCCUGGUGGCCACGGUGAAAGAAGCGGGACGAUCAAUCCAUGAGAUUCCCCGGGAGGAGCUGAGGCGGACACCAGACAUCUCUCUGACGAGACCUCUGAAGGAAGGCUCCAUCACACAGGGUACACCGCUGAAGUAUGACAGCGGCUCUUCCUCCUCCAGUAGCAAAAAGCACGACGUGCGGUCCAUCAUCGGCAGUCCCGGCAGGACUUUUCACUCUGUGCACUCGCUGGACGUCAUCCAAGAUCCGAGGAAUCUAGAGAGAGCUUACGAAGAGAGCCUGAAAAACAGGCCAAGCCCGGUGACAAACUCGGGUGGCUCCAUCGCCAGAGGGGCUCCUGUGAUUGUACCCGAGCCGGGCAAGCCCCACCAAAGUGCCCUCGCCUACGAGGCGCACAGAGGGUCUCCGGUCUCCACGCGGGAAUCCACGCCGCGGCAGCAUGAAGGGAGCAUCACUGCCGGGAAGCCGGUGUCCCAGGACAGAAAGAUCACCCCCACGUCCAGAGAGCUCACCAAUUCCAAGUCUCCGCAUGCCCCCGUGGCCGACCACCACCACCCCAUCUCCCCAUACGAGCACCUCCUCCGUGGUGUGAGCGGGGUCGAUCUGUACCGAGGACACAUCCCGCUGGCUUUCGACCCCGCUGCCAUCCCGAGAGGAAUCCAGCUGGAAGCAGCUGCUGCUUACUACCUGCCGAGGCAUCUGGCUCCGAGCCCCACGUACCCCCACCUGUACCCCCCGUACCUCAUCCGCGCCACGGCCAUGGCGCAGCGGGCGGACAUGCUGCGUGGCUUGUCACCCCGGGAGCCCUCCCUCGCCCUCAACUAUGCAGCAGGUCCUCCCGGCAUCAUUGACCUGUCCCAAGUGCCACACCUGCCCGUCCUCGUGCCCCCUACCCCUGGCACCUCUGCCACCACCAUGGACCGCAUCACCUACAUCCCCGGGCCCCCGCAGACCUUCAGCAGCCGGCACAGCAGCUCCCCGCUCUCCCCAGGAGGCCCCACGCACAUGACCAAACAGUCGGGAUCAUCGGUGUCCGAGCGGGAACGGGAGCGGGAACGGGAGAGGGAACGUGAAAAAUCCAUCCUGGCCUCCACCACGGUGGAACAUGCACCCAUCUGGAGACCAGGUACAGAGCAGUCAAGCAGCCGUUCGUCCUCACACUCUCACAGCCACCAGCACUCUCCUGUCUCGCCCCGCACCCACGAGACCAUCCAGCAGCGCCCCAGCGUGCUCCACAACACGAGCAUGAAGAUCAUCUCCUCGGAGACCCCCACCCCUUCCGUCCUGCGAUCCUCCUCCACCACGACCACAUCACCGAUCCGCUCCGCCGCCUUCCCCUCGGCCUCCACCCUGCGCUCCUCCAUCAGCGCGGCAGACGGCUACGCAGCGCUGAUGGACCCGGCCGUCCUGCAGAAAGAGGCCUCGAGGGCACGGGAAGCCAAGGCAGAACGACCCCAGACUGACAACAACGUCUUCACCUCAAAGCUGCCCAGUGGGGCCAACCUCGAACAGUCACCUUCACCCAUUAAAGCCAUGGAGUCGAGACCUUUACCUGCCUCCGGACCUGGUUCUUCUCAUCACUAUAGCAGAGGACAGGGGAAAAGCCAACAGCACCAUCACCCUCUGGACCAGCAGCACGCAGCCUCGGGCCCCGAGCAGCACAGCAGAGAAAAGAGUCAAAGUAAACCCUUUUCAAUGCAGGAACAGGAGCUCCGAGCACUCGGCUUUCAUGGAGGCUACAGCCCUGAGCGGAUGGAAGCGGUGAGUCCCGUGAGCUCGCCCAGCCUGUCCCAUGAGAAAGGGGCCAAGAUGCUGCAGGAUGCGGAGAAGGGGCACGGCGAGCAUGACCUGAGACAGAAGCAGCAAGGCUCGCUGAAGGCCUCGGCUCCCGAAGCAGCCCACCUGCAGCACCUCCGGCAGCCCGACGGCCCCCAGCCCCAGUGCCAGCCCCUCCAGUCCAGCCAGAGCAUCAAGGGCAUGAACCAGCGGGUGGUCACGCUGGCCCAGCACAUCAGUGAGGUCAUCACGCAGGACUACACGCGCCAUCACCCGCAGCAGCUCAACUCCCACAUCCAGGCCCCGGUGUACUCCUUCCCCGGGGCCACGUGCCCCGUGCUGGACCUGCGCCGCACCCCCAGCGAGGCCUAUCUGCAGCAACAGGAGCACGUGGUGGCCUCCAGGAUCUCCCCGCAGAACGAAGGCGGCAAAAGACCGGAGCACGCCAAGGCCGCCGCGUACCCGGUCCUGUACCGCGACGGCGAGCAGAUGGACCACAGGAUGGGGUCCAAGUCCCCAGGAAACAACACUCAGCCUCCAGCUUUCUUCAGCAAGCUGACUGAGAGCAACUCUGCCAUGGUGAAGUCCAAGAAGCAGGAGAUCAUCAAGAAGCUCAGCACGACCAACAAAAAUGAAACGGAGUACAAUGUUGGGCAGCCUGGGACAGAGAUUUUCAAUAUGCCGGCGAUUACCGGAGCAGGGCUAAUCAGUUGUAGGAGCCAGUCGGUCCAAGAGAAUUCCAGUACCAACAUGGGGUUGGAGGCAAUAAUUAGGAAAGCCCUAAUGGGUAAAUAUGACGAGCAGUGGGAAGAGCGCUCACCUCUCAGUGCCAAUGCUUUUAACUCUCUGAAUGCCAGUGCAAGCCUGCCCGCUGCUAUGCCCAUAACUCCUGCUGAUGGACGAAACGAGGACGUGCGCUCCUUGCCAGCUUUGAGCUUUGUGAAUCCGCUGAUUAAUCCUGGUCUUGUUUGA